AUGCCGACCCCCGAGUCUGCGAUGUUCCUGGCACAAAAGCCCAAGGUGCCCCCAACCUUUGACGGCGUCGACUACGACGACACCAAGGCAUUCAAGCAGGCACAGGACGCCAUCAUCCGCGAACAAUGGGUCGGCGCUAUGAUGCUGCGCCUUGUCGGCGAGGAAUUGGGAAAGUGCUACAAGAAGGAGGGCGUGAACCACUUGGAGAACUGCGGUCACCUCAGAGAAAAAUACCUGCAGCUGUUGAAGGAGAAGAAGGUUAAGGGCACACUGUUUGAGCAGCAGAACUAUAUCAGCAAGCAGCAAUAG